AUGGUGACCCUGCUGCCCAAUGCGUCGCCCUCACCCGAGCCGCCCCUCCGCAUCAACCUGCUGCAGCUGAUCGAGGCCGUCAGCGGCGCGUCAUGGCCCGACACCGACGCCAUCAUGCGGCAGCUGGGGUUGCGGGAGCACCAGUGGGAUGCGGGUGAGGCGCGUUGCCACCGCCUCACAAGAAGGAAAAGAAAGAGCAAAGCAGGCUUCUUUGCUUCCUGUGAAGAGAAAAGAAGCUUGGAUUGUAGCUGUUUCGAUGGAGGGUUCGGUGCACACCGACGCCAAUCCGGCCACGGUGCCAGCAGCACACCCGCUACACGUGUCGGCUAGCCGACUACGAGUCGGCCUUCGAGACCACCGACCACAAAGCCGCACACGUGACCUACAACACGCUGGCGGACGUGCGCCCCUGCCGCACCCCGGCCCCUUUCACCGACCCCGCUGCCAUCGUUGACGAGGCAGACGCCACUCUGCGGCUCCUCAAGGGGGAGGGCCCAGUGGAGAUGCCUUGCGGCCACGCCGGCACCGUCACCUACCACACGGCGUUGGCCUGCGUGGUGCUGCUAUGGGAGGAGUGGGAGACAUUCAAGAGCGUGAUGGACGUGGCGGCGUGUCCUGGACAGGGCACAGCGGGUGCGGCCCGACGACCCACGGCAGCAGCAGAAGGAGGUGGCCAUCAAAGGGUGCGAGGACCUGAUCGCAGGGCGGCCGAUGAGGGGUCUCGUCUUCACGGCGCAGCACCGCUUGGAGCAGCUGAGGGUGCGGCUCAAGGAGGACGAUCUGCCAUGUCACCGAUGAUGCCUUACCAAGUUUCCUGCAUCUCUGUCUCCGUCCCUCUCUGUCUGCAGGCUGCCUUCGCAGCAAUAUCGCUGCCUACAUUUUAUAUCCGAGAGUCUGUGUACGAGUGCAUCGGUCCGUGCGUGUGUGUCCGGCUGGCUCGCCUGGAGAUACGAGAGGAGGCGACGAGAAGAGAGAAGAAAGGCACAGGUACGACAUGCAUCAGGCAAGGAGGCAAGGAAGGACUGGUCACACGACGCAGUUCGUGUGCAGCCUCCAGAUGGCGCUAUACCUGCGUCGAGACGGCCGAGAGAGCGUCCACGACGUUCUCCGACACUGCGCCGACCAAGGGUGGAUUCAGUUGCCUCCGGCCACCGAGCAGCAGCCCCAGUCCCAGCCCGCAGAGGGACCAGGGCACACCAAGCCCGUCCCCAUUGCUGCCCUCAACGGCCGCAUUGCCCGACGCGCCCUUUGUCGUGCCGCCACCAUCGGUCACGUCACCGAGGACGCCCAAGCAAGACGUUUGCGUCGCCGAGGCCGCCCAGCAGGCCCUCGCCGACCCACAGCCACCAGCGGCACCGCAAGCAGCCGCAGAGGAGGGCACACCAAACCAAGCUGCUGCCGACGCCGAGGGACCCGCCAAGGAGGUGCAAAUUGGACUGAGGAUGUCAUGUGUUGUGCGCGACGUCUCUGUCUCCCUGUCUUCAGGAUCAUAUCGCUGCCUAUACUUUAUAUUCUGAUGGCUUUUUGACGACUCCGCCGCGUGCCGUGACUGGAAGACCUACCGCCUUGGUGUCAUGCAACGGGUGCGCAAGGACCUCGAGGACUCAUCCACCGGGAAGGUCGUCAAGGAAGAGGUGAGUGAGUGACGGAGGGCGGUCAGCCAGGCAGACAGGCAUCCCCUCCACCCGUAUGUCUCUGCUCAUCUCAUCCACCGUUCCCUUCCUCGUCCGUCAUUGAUUAGGGUGUUUUGACCUGGUUCGGCCAGUGGAACAAGCCGACCGGUGAUGGCAGUAGGGGGGAACUUACCCCGGUGAGCAAAUAGACGUCGACAAGACGAAUGCAUCAAGUAUAGCACUUCUGAUUGUCUUCGGUCUGUCACGUUGUUUAUCAGGGGAGGCCAGUGACGGCGCCUUGGCGGCUGUGCAUGGGGGAGCAUCCCCGGUGUACGCGAGGCCCACACAGCCAGUCCCCCCACCAGCAGCAGCCAAUCCACCACAGGCCCGCUACACGAGACCCGCAUGGCCGGCAGCCCCACCACCAGCAGCAGCGCAUCCACCGCACGCCCACUACGCCAGGAGGCCAGCACACCCGGGAUUCCCACCACCACCAGCAGCACCCGCUCCCAAGCUGCAUCGCCCGCACACAGCCGCGUUCCCCACGCCAGCUGGUGUGCGUGAGCGGCGAGGUGGACGAGGGCUGGUACAAGAACCCCCACAUGGGCUGCUGGGAAUGGUGGGAGCGGAGCGAGACGGCACCCAAUGUGUACGAGGUGAGGGCGGCCUACCAAGACGUGUCUAUGACGGCCAAGGCCCUAGCGCGUGGGGCGGCAGACGGCGUGGAGGCAGCUGUGCGGGCAUGCGUGAGGGGGGUCAAGGCGGCGGUAGGGAUGCUGGGCUGCACGAGAUGGGAAGGUAUCUCUGUCUACAUUUUAUAUUUUCGUGCGUCUAAUCAGCUCAGACACCGGCAACCCAAGUGGGCAAAGCAGAACAUUCUGAGAUACGCAUAAGCUAAGGAUAUUUUCCUUGUGUGCUUGUCCUUCCCUCCUCUGGGUGUAUUGUUCAGUGACCCAUCCCAUCUCACAUUCGUGUUGGGUGUGUGUGGAUGUUCUGAUUGGGCUGAUCGCGGCCAUCUGUGGCCGCGCAACAUCGCUGCCUGUA